AACCAAAUAAUUAUUAUAAGUACUUUAUAUAUAAAACCUACCUCCCAUACAUUUUUCUUCAACUCUCCAUAAAAAAUGUCCAUCAUCAUGAAAAAAAAUCUCUCCAUCUUCCUUUUCAUCGCCAUAAGCUCCAUCGCGGCAGCACAAGCCGGCAAAUUCAACAUCACUAACAAAUGCAACUACACCAUAUGGCCCGCCGCCGUUCCUGGCGGCGGCAUAAGGCUUAACCCUGGAGAAUCAUGGAACAUGAACAUGACCAAUGGUACAAGGAACGCAAGAAUAUGGGGUCGAACCAAUUGCACUUUCGACAAUUUUGGUAUUGGAAAGUGCCAAACGGGUGAUUGUAACAAUACUCUUGAAUGUACAACUGUUGGUACACCACCAAACACAGUUGUAGAAAUUUCUUUGAAUAUGUAUAAUGACCUCGAUUUCUACGAUAUUUCGCUUGUAGAAGGUUUCAACAUUCCAAUUCAAUUGACGCCGUCUAUUAACGCUUGUGGAAGCGUUAAUUGUAGCGCCAAUAUAAACGGAGAAUGUCCUACUCAACUAAAAGUUAUAGGUGGAUGCCACAAUCCUUGUACUAAGUUUAAUACAACUGAAUAUUGUUGUACCUCUGGUUCUGCCACGUGUUCUCCAACUACUUAUUCUAAGUUCUUCAAAGAUAGGUGUCCUUAUACAUAUAGUUACCCUAAAGAUGAUGCAACUAGCACAUUCACUUGUAUGGGGGGAACUAAUUAUGAUAUUGUCUUUUGUCCUUAAAUUACUUUUUAAUUUCUUUCUCUUUUAUUGUUUUAAUUUCGUGAUUCUUAUUGUAUACUUUGAUAUGAUAUAUAGGUAUGGGUGGUCUUAGGGGAGUCCUUUGCACAUAUAUAUUGAUGUGCUCUGGCCUUAAAAUAAGUGAGAUAUGUAUAAGUAAAUUCUGAUUAUGAUAUAACAAUUGAUUAAUUGAUGUUUAUUACUUUAAGAGUCAAUGAUUCAUGAUUCAUAA